CCUCCCCUCGAAGCGAAACCUCCUCCCCCCCGGCUCUUUUUUCGUUACGUCGACGGCGCAGCCUUUCGAUUCCUAUCAACCUACCGAGCGUUUCCCCCCUUCUGCUUUUUCCUCUGCUUUGCUUCGAGUGCCUCGAGAACUUGAUCUCUUCCCCAAGAACAAUUACGGUGCCUCGAGAAAUCGAUCGAUCGAUUCGAAUUGGUUCGCCUCUUUUAUCUUCGUUUCGGUUCGGAUCGGUCGGAGGCGGCGGAGAGAUGGCGGCGGCGGCGCUGUGGCAACCGCGGGAGGAGGGGCUCCGCGAGAUCUGCGGCCUCCUGGAACAGCAAAUCUCCCCCAACGGUGAUCAGGCCCGGAUUUGGCAGCAGCUCCAGCAGUACAACCGACUUGCCGAUUUCAAUAACUACCUCGUCUUCAUCCUCGCCCAUGCCGUGGGUAAAUCAUUGGAAGUACGACAAGCUGCUGGUUUGCUGUUGAAGAACAAUCUUAGGACAACUUUCAGUUCCUUGUCUUCUUCAUACCGGCAAUAUAUAAAGUCUGAGCUGUUGCCAUGUUUAGGGGCAUCAGAUAGGACAGUUCGCUCUACAGUUGGUACAGUUGUCAGUGUUCUUCUUCAGUUAGAGACAGUUGCUGGAUGGCCGGAGUUGUUAGAAGCUCUUGCUCAAUGCUUGGCCAGUAAUGAUUUUAAUCAUAUGGAAGGUGCCAUGGAUGCUAUAUACAAGAUUUGCGAGGACAUCCCAGAAGAGCUUGAUGUGGAUGUUCCUGGAUUAUCUGAACGCCCCAUCAAUAUUUUUGUGCCAAGAUUGCUGCAGUUUUUCCAGUCUCCACAUGCGAUAUUGAGGAAGUUGUCAUUGAGUUCUAUCAAUCAAUUUAUUGUAUUUAUGCCUACAGCCUUGUUUAUGUCCAUGGACCAAUACCUUCAGGGUCUAUUUCAUCUUGCUCAGGACCCUUCUGCAGAAGUGCGGAAAUUGGUUUGUUCUGCCUUUGUUCAACUGAUAGAAGUUCGACCAACCUUCUUGGAGCCCCAUUUGAGAAAUGUAAUUGAAUACCUCUUGCAAGCCAAUAAGGACCCUGAUGACGAAGUUGCUCUCGAGGCAUGUGAAUUUUGGUCAGCAUAUUGUGAUGGUAAUUUGCCACCUGAUGGUUUACGAGAGUAUUUGCCAUGCUUAAUUCCGAUUUUAUUAUCAAAUAUGGCUUAUGCUGAGGAUGAUGAGACACUUUUUGAUGCCGAGGAUGAUGAGUCAUUUCCAGAUAGGGAUCAGGAUCUGAAGCCUCGUUUCCAUUCAUCACGUUUUCACGGAUCUGAUAACUCUGAAGAAGAUGAUGAGGACACUGUCAAUGUUUGGAAUUUGCGCAAAUGCAGUGCAGCUGGACUAGAUAUCCUUUCAAAUGUUUUUGGAGAUGAGAUUCUUCCAACUUUGAUGCCUUUGAUUCAGCAAAAAUCAUCAACUACAAGUGACUCUAGUUGGAAGGAGAGGGAAGCUGCUGUUUUGGCUAUUGGGGCCGUAGCAGAGGGAUGCAUUAAUGGAUUAUACCCCCAUAUUCCUGAGAUUGUGACAUUCCUCAUUCCACUUUUGGAUGAUAAAUUUCCACUUAUACGGAGUAUCACUUGUUGGACACUUUCUCGUUUUAGCAAGUUCAUCAUUCAGAAUAUUGGUCACAGAGAUGGUUAUGAACAAUUUGACAAAGUUCUAAUGGGAGUUCUGAGAAGAAUAUUGGAUUCCAACAAGCGAGUGCAAGAGGCUGCAUGUUCUGCUUUUGCAACACUUGAAGAGGAGGCUGCAGAGGAAUUGGCCCCACGUCUGGAAAUCAUUUUGCAGCAUUUGUUAUGUGCUUUUGGGAAAUAUCAGAGGCGGAACCUUCGAAUUCUUUAUGAUGCUAUCGGUACUCUAGCAGAUGCAGUCGGUUCAGAACUCAAUCAGCCAAAAUACCUUGACAUAUUGAUGCCUCCAUUAAUCGCUAAGUGGCAACAACUUGCAAACACUGACAAAGAUCUCUUUCCAUUGCUCGAGUGCUUUACAUCCAUUGCACAGGCUUUAGGACCAGCAUUUUCUCAAUUUGCUGAACCUGUAUUCCAAAGGUGCAUUAGUCUUAUUGAGAUUCAGCAAUUGGCCAAGGUUGAUCAUGUGACUGCUGGCGUCCAAUAUGAUAAGGAAUUCAUUGUCUGCUCAUUGGAUCUGUUAUCAGGCCUUGCAGAAGGUCUGGGCAGUGGGAUAGAGACCCUGGUUGCAAAAUCCAACUUGAGAGACCUGCUUCUGCAAUGCUGCAUGGAUCAGGCAACUGAUAUUCGGCAGAGUGCCCUUGCACUUCUUGGUGACCUUGCAAAAGUUUGUCCUGUGCACCUGCACCCUCGUAUUCCAGAUUUCCUAAGGGUUGCAGCUGAACAACUGAAUAUUACUGCAGUUAAGGAAGCUGUGUCGGUAGCAAACAAUGCUUGUUGGGCCAUUGGAGAAUUGGCUGUCCAGGUUCGUCAAGAAAUUGCUCCAGUAGUUUUGACAGUAAUAUCAUAUUUGGUCCCUAUUCUCCAAAAUGCAGAGGGUUUGAACAAGUCAUUGCGAGAAAAUAGCGCUAUCACCCUUGGGAGGCUUGGCUGGAUUUGUCCAGAACUUGUGGCACCACAUGUGGGACACUUUAUACAGCCAUGGUGCACUGCUUUAUGCAUGAUACGAGAUGAUUAUGAAAAGGAAGAUGCAUUUCGCGGGCUUUGUGCAAUUGUAAGAACAAAUCCUCAAGGUGCUGUGAAUUCGCUUUCAUACUUGUGUAAAGCUGUUGCUAGUUGGCAUGAAAUACAGAGUGAGGACCUACACAAUGACAUUUGCCAAGUUCUGAACGGAUAUAAACAGAUGCUUCCGAAUGGAGCAUGGGAACAGUGCAUGUCAACUUUAGAAACUCCAGUGGUGCAGAGAUUGUCAAGAUUUCAAGUGUAACAUUACUGAAGGAGAACCUCCUUUUACUGGUUGUCGUACUCCUAUGUCGCAUGAGUGAGAUGGAUGAUAGUGUCUUGGUUGGAGGAAUGGUUAUAUGAAUUGUGGAAGGUUUACUUGUGCCAGUCCCAGAAAAGUUCCUUUGCGGAUAAAAUCAUACCAAGGCAAAAUGAGUCAGGUCAAAAUUGUGUUCUAUAUGAGGCCAAGGUGGGGUGUGUUUGGUUACCUUGAGAAACCAGAUUGAUCCUUUUGUCAUAUGCUCAUAACAAAUUUUUUUUAUAUUGUUUCAGUGGGCUCGAUUUUUGCUUGUAACUCCACUGAUUUGUUCGAUGGCAUUCAUCGACUAGUCGAAAGGUUUUGUAAUUUAUAUGUGAUCGUUUCAUGUGUAACAGUGUUGGUUUUGUCGGUAGGGUUUGUAGCUAUUUUUGAACGAUUUGUCGGUGCGCUGUACUGCAGGCUUAUAGUGACUCCAUUUAAAUUUUGCUUGUACUUCA